AGAAAAAGGAAAACAAAGAUGGAGCUAAGAAGAUGCUGGUGGCGCAGCCACAGGGUGAUCCGGGGCAACAGUACAGAUACACACGGUUGCCACAAGGGUUUGCACUCUCCCCGGGCAUUUUCAACCAAGUGUUGAAAGAAGCUCUAUCGCUAUGCCACCUACCAGAGGGGUGUUCACUGGUGCAAUAUGUUGAUGAUUUGCUCAUUGCGGCUCCGUCUGCUUCGGCCUGUACGGCAGCCUCACUUACCAUACUGAAGAGACUCGCUGAGUGCGGGUUCAAAGUCAGUAAAGAAAAGUUGCAGUUGGUCCGACCAGAAGUAACAUUUCUGGGCCGUGUCAUUGCUCACAAAUCAGUGGGUUUGCUAAACACCCAUCGCGAUCAGAUUUUGACACAUCCAAAACCGCGUACGGUUAAGGAGUUGUUCUCAUUCUUAGGUUUAACAGGAUACAGCUGUCACUUCAUUCCAAAUUAUGCAGGGAAAACAGCCCUUUUGAGGGAUCUGGUGAAAACGGUGGGUGUCCGUAACCUGAAGGCUGAACUGCCAUGGACAUCGGCCACUGAGUCGGCGUUUAUCGCAUUGAAACAGGACUUGUCAAGAUCGGCUGAUCUUGCCAUCCCUAAUUAUGAUGAACCCUUCUAUCUUGAUGUUUCAGAAACACACGGGAUAGUUAAUGGGGUGUUGUUUCAGAAAAAAGGGGGAGGGAGAGAUGUACUUAUGUACGUCAGCGUCAGACUGAAUCCAUUAGAGACAAGGCACCCGGGAUGCACACAGCAUGCCAUUGGGGUGUCAAAGAUUAUACAAAAGACAGCACAUAUAGUGAGGGACCAUCCGUUGAAGGUGCUGACCACCCACAGUGUGGUGGCAUAUGUUAACUCACAAGCCUUCACCAUGACACCACUCACACAACAGAGAGUGUGUAAAGUUUUAGACGCUCCCAACUUGACCUUCACACAUGAAGGAAUCAAUAUGGCAGAUUUAAUGGGGUCAGGAGAGCCGCACGACUGUGCAAAGAGAGCUGAAGUCGACGAGAAGAAAAGAGAAGAAUUGAAAGCGGAACCUGUACUGGGAGUUGAAGAUUGGUUCACGGAUGGAUGCUGCUACAGAGAUGAGGAAGGAUUGAAAGCAGGCUACGCGGUAGUUUGCAGAAAAGGGGCUGAAUUUGAAGUGAAGGAGGCUGGAAGACUUGAAGGGCAGCAGUCAGCCCAAAGAGCAGAAGUAAUUGCUCUAAGUCGAGCUCUGAGACUUGCAAAAGGAAAAAGAGUCAACAUUUACACGGACUCAGCUUAUGCCUUUGGAGCAGCUCACGUGGAGCUGGCCCAAUGGAGAAGAGCAGGAUUCAGGACAGCAGAUAAUGCACCAAUCUGCCACAAGAAGGAAAUGGAGGAACUUGAGCAGGCCUUGGGAGAUCCAGAGGAGGUGAGCAUCAUAAAAUGCAAAGGUCACUCCUCAGGGACCGGUAUGGUGGCUAGGGGAAAUCAGGAAGCUGAUCGAGUGGCCAAGGAGGCUGCAGGAUAUGGAGCAUCGAGGCAGAUGGUGCAAAUAACCGUGGAGGAAGAAGUAGGAGUCAACAUGCUAGAGGAGGCCAGGAAGGCCCAAGAGGAGGCGGCCCCGGAAGAGAAGGGGGUCUGGAAGAGUCGAGCCUGGGAAGAAGGAGGUCUCUGGCGAGGACCUGACGGACGACCAGUGUUGACGGCCAACCUGGAAAAACAGAAGAUUGCCGAAACGCAUGGGCUUGGCCAUGUAGGUGUGGCCCAGAUGGGGAGACAUCUGUGCCAUUGGUGGCAUCCCUUUUUGAAGGAUAUGAUCAAGGAGAAAGCCAGGACGUGUCUGAUCUGUGGGAGGCACAAUCCAAAGCCAGUAAUUAAGCCAGAGGCAGGAAAAUUUCCCAUCCCAGAGAGACCAGGUGAAGAGAUUGUGAUCGACUUCACUGACAUGAUUGAUCCAGGGCCAGGAGAAGUUCGAUAUCUACUGGUAAGUGUAGAUGCUCUGACGGGAUGGCCCGAAGCGUGGCCAACAAAGAGGGAGGAUGCAAAAAGUGUGAUUAAGUGUUUAAUCAAUCAUUACAUCCUGGUGGCAUGGUUUUCCUAAGAGAAUUAGGUCAGACAAUGGGACUCAUUUCAAAAACAAAGAUUUGGCAGAGGUAGAACAGAAGCUGGGGUUGCAACACAGAUUUGGCACUGUAUAUCACCCCCAGUCACAGGGGAAAGUAGAAUGAAUGAAUCUAAACCUGAAGAAUAAAAUUGCUAAAAUUUCUGCUCAGACUGGGCUAAAUUGGGUUGCAGCCCUGCCAAUUGCAUUGAUGAUAAUAAGAUGUUGUGUUAAUCAAUCCACAGGUUUCACACCAUAUGAGCUGUUGACAGGACGACAGUUUCCAGGUCCUUGGACAACAGUCCCGGCGGAAGAAAGUA